CAUCUUGUGGGUGAUCCUGGCCAACAGAUAGCACUUUGACCUUUGCCCUGAAUUGGUCAGCAAGUGGCCACAUGGAUUACGGUGGACAAAGCAUUCCUUCCUAAUUCUCUCGAUUACAACUCGCUGUUACUGUAUCUUGAAUGGCUGCAGCUGCUCCAGUUCUUGCAGAGAUGGAUUGCCCACCUUUUUGUGAAUCUUCUAAAGAGAGUAAUAGUAGAGAAGAUACCAAUCAAGUACUUGCAACUAAAAACAAGACCUGUGAUCCAUCCUCUGAUUUUUUAAAUUCUCAUGAUAUAUGCCUCAAGAAUACAAUGGAUCUGUGUCUGACACCUCUUCAAAGUUUGACUUGCACUAAAGGAACUGCACACAGUUCAUUUAUAGACUUGCAAAACUUCUCAGUCAGUCAUCUACCACCAUGUUACCAACACAAGGAAAUGUUUAAUUUAGUUACCGCUUUAGCUGACUUGGUUAUCAUGGUACAACUUCCACAAGAAGAAAAUGUCUAUUUACAAGGAACAGGCAAGAUAGAUGAAGUUUUUAUUAACACUAAUGAAAAUCACAAAUGCUACUGUUUGAAAUGCAGUACUUCUCAGAACCCAAGCAAAGAAUGGGGCAUGAUAAGAAUAAUGACCUCGGCAAACUUGCUUAAGGGCUGCAAAGAUGCCACAAAAUACAAGUGUACACUCUUUUUUGAUGAGGGAGAAGAUAAAGUUGUCAAUUUAUUAGGAAAUGGUAUUGUGAAAAUGGAUGUAGAUAGUGACUAUUGUACAUUUUUUUGCAUAUCUUGUGAUAUGGAUCUGGUUGAAAAAUUGGAUGCACAUCUUGAUGUUUUCAUUGAAAACUGGUCUGAUGCUGUAGUUAAAUACUAUCCUACUGUCAAAUGCACAGACGAAAAAUUGAUAGUGAUUAUCUCACAUCCUCAUGGGUGUAAGAAGCAUAUAUCAUUAGGGAAAUGGUCAAAGUUAGAGCCCCAUGUUGAAUAUGAUGCUGCCAUGUGUCCUGGUUGUUCUGGCUCAUAUCUGCUUCUACCCGUUUUUGAUGUGGAUGAGGAUUCUGAUGAUAUGUGAUCUCUUUAUCGUAUCUCCAGAUGUAGAUCAAACUAAUUCCAAUAUGUUUAACAAAGUUAAUUUGUGUGUAUUAUGUGUUGUAGCCACGGGAAAUACUGCAUUCCUCAUUAAUCUUCAGACUGGAAGACAAGCCUUUGUUUUACAAACUGUUUAAUAAUUGUACUUGGGACUAAGCUUACAAAAAUAAUUUUUAAAAAGUUGUAUACCCCCUAUUUUUUAUUGAUGAUAAUCCUGUUUCUUUUUCUAUUACAAUUGCAAUGAGCUCAUUAAAUUUAAAAAAAUGAUGGCGUAUGUACCUGGCUGGUCCCUUCCUUCUCACUGUGAAAUGUCAUCAAACUAUUUUUGUUUUCAUGUAUAAAUAAUGUAAUAAUUAAAACACCUUACUGAGAAACAAGCAGAAUUAGAUAGAAGUACAGUGUUUGUAAUUAAUUCUACUAAAAGAAACUUUUCAUUUAAUUCAUACUCUUAAGAAAUUAAAUUGUAUGUAGGUCACAGCUGGGACUGCAUAGCCGCAGGAAAUACUGCAUUCCUCAUUAAUCUUCAAGCCUUAUUAUCAUUAUUAUUUAUUAUUAUGUAGUAGUGUAGAUAAGACUUAGAGAGUAAAGGGGAACAUGUAACAUUUUUUUUUAUUUUUUAGAUGCUCAGCAACUUGUAUAGUAUUUUACAUUUGUAAGUUCUUCCAUGAUCCUUUAUUCUCAUAAAACCUUUAUGGCACAUUAAAGUUUUUGGAUUAAAAAAAAGGGGGCUAACUUAGUGUUUGAUAUAAUGGAUCUUGCUUGUACUUGUUUUGAUACUGGAUCUUGCUUGUUUUUAAUCACAAUGAUUGUUGCAAUCUGUCAGAUAUAAGGUUCAGUUAGAUAGAAAAUUAUACUUAAACAUUGUUUGUUUGUUUUAAUACAGUGAAAUCAUGUAAUAAUUUUAAUAAGAGAUGACAGUCUAGAGCAGUGUUUCUCAAACUGGUGCUUGAGACAACCAUAAGACGACCGCAGAAAGAUGAAAUGUGUAUACAAUAAAAAUGUUUUUGCUGAAAGCCAUUUUAUCCAGUUGGAUUAUAUGAAUAAUAACUCCCCCACUCAUUACUGUUUAAUAUGUCUAUGACUAAGAUUUAGAGGCAUUCUUCACUCAAAUACCAAUUUUAUAUCUUUCAUUAUGGAUCAUUGUACAGAAGUGGAUGACUGCUUUCUCUUCUUCUUAUUUGGUACAACAUAAUGCCAUAAUGAACCUGGUCACAACUAAAAUAAACUGACUAGAAAUGUGUGCUUGUGGGAUUAUCAGUUGCAACUUGCAAACAUUUAGCUGGACAUAAAUACACACAAUCACAUCAACCUUGUCCAAGACAUUAAUUUUGUAUAUUAUUAUUUUGAAAUAAAUUAUAUUUAAAAAAAAAAAAAGACACUCCUUCAACAACAUGUUGGGGUUUUUUUUUCUUUUGUAAUUUUCUAAAGUAUCAGUAUGCAUUUAUUUUAAUUUUUCACUUAGAGGUCCAUUGGCAAGUUUUGAGUAUAUAAAGGGCUGAAAAAGUUUGAGAACCUCUGCUUUGAACAUAUUUUUAUGUCUUUCCAAAUAUUUAUUCACUGAUUAAGGUGUACUUAUACACUAUAACUCUUUAUUCAAACAAGCAUUAUCUUUAUAAUUUAUAUUUCUGACUAGGACUACCAAGAUGUACUGUAUUUCUAUCUUUGAUGUUAUAUAAAUACACUAGUCAGAUACUGUGAAAACAGGUUUACAUAACUUGUUAAAUAUUUUCCCUCUUUAUCAGAGAUACAAUUGUGCACUUUUUUUUCUAAUUUAAGGGACAUUAAGCAUAAACUAUGGUAUCUGCUAUGAUCUAAAAAACAUUUAUGCCAAGGUUUAUCAAGAUUGGUCAAACAGUUUUGAUUUUUAUUUGGGAUAUACAUACAUACCAUAGACUAUAUAUGUUUACAUACAUAUACUCUUUACA